AUGAGAAAUAAUAAUUCAAACAAUGCUAAUAUGAAAAUAUGCUAAAUGAUGUUUCUGUAACAAAUAUCAUAGUCUUAUCAGAUAAUUUAUCUUUCCUAUCUCAUUUGGUAAUUUGAUUCCUUAUAUUUGAUGUUAUAAUAUUGGAUGCUUGAUAUAUUAAUUUUGAUAGCUUUAGGAUUACUUAAAAUAAAGUACAUUUUCAUUAACGUAGAUUUAAAGCAAUUGUAAAUAAUCUUAUAAUGGAUACAUUAAUAGGAAGUAUACUUAAAUUAUUAUUUUUGAUUAAUGUCAAAUAUUAUCAACAAUUUUAAAUUUAGUAUUUUAGCUAUGCAGUCAUGGCUUACUACUUUAUUAGAGUAUUAGUAUCGAAUAUUCGUAAAAUAUCUAAUAAUCAAUAAAUAUCAUAAUAUUCCUUUGUAAAUAUUUAAAUAAAUAAGAGAUUGUUUAAGGAAUAAAAUUGUUAUUAGUAUUAUAAAUAAUGUUAAUAACAAUGAAAGUAACAAAAACCAUAACAUGGAAUUGGUACAGUGUAUUUAGUAUCUCUUGGGGAUUACUUAUUAUAUCCUUUAUAGUUUAUAUUGUAUUUUUACUCUCAAUUGGUGAAACUAUUGUGGAUUAUGUAAGAAAUCGAACAACCAAAUCACAAUGUAUGUUUAGAUUAUAAAAACAGUAAUUGGAGGCAUAUGGUUUUCACUUUACAUGAAUUCCUUUUCAAUAUUCCCUAUGUGGUUUCUUCUUGAAGUAAGUUAGCAUGAAGAAACAAAAUUAUCAAGCACGAAAUAUACUCUAUUUUUAGUAUUGGUUAUUUAUAAUGGUUUAAUGCUUUCAGGAUUACUUUUAUUUAUUACUCAUAUUAAGUAAUAAUCACAUAUAUUUAGAGAUUGUAUAUGAUUGAAUUAACUGUAAGUUCAUCUACUUAAAUAAAUAAGAACAGAUAGAAAUAAUAAUUUAUAAAAGUUGAUAUUCCUUACAAAAUUAUUUAGAUAUCAUCCACAUAUUUCGAUAUUAUUAGUUAUUAGAAAAAUAUCAUUGCAGUUAAUCAUAGCAAUUAAUCUGUGAUUCAUUAAAAAACUAAAUUAAAAGCCUUUGAAUUUGUUGGAAAAACUGAAUAAUUAUAAUCUCCUGUAGCAGAGAGAGAUUUAGAAUUAAUUCAAUAAAAUGAUGAUAAAUGUCAAAUUUGUUUUGAUAUUGAAUCAAAUAUAGUAUUAUUACCUUGUUAACAUGGAGGAUUAUGUGAAGAAUGUAUAAUUAAAUGGUUAGAAAAAUAAAAAAAUUGUUAUAUUUGUAGAGAAGUAUCAUUUUUUGUAAAUUUUAGAAAAUUGAAAAAUAUUUAAGAAUUGCCAAAAGUAAUGAAGAAGGAAAAUUCACUAUUCGGGAUAUCGCUAUUUGUGAUUGA